AUGGACCAGUUCCGGAAGCAUCAUUCAAGCAGUCAUGGUCUGGAAUACAUCGAUCGAGCGCUGAAAGGAGUGUCAUUUCGCCAUACUGUUAAAGCAUCCCAUGAGACAGCGGCUGAUCUGAAGGGUCCCUUAGGACUCAAUCUACUUCAUACACCAUCAGAACCGCUGAUAGAUCUGAUAUUUGUCCAUGGAUUGGGGGGAGGAUCCAGAAAGACAUGGUCGAAAUCAGAGGACGCAUACCAUUACUGGCCAAAAGAAUGGCUACCUCGAGAUCCGGACUUCAAAAAUGUCAGAAUUUUUUCAUUCGGAUACAGAGCAGAUUGGGCAGAAAGAAAUGGGAAUGCGCUUGAUAUUGACGACUUCGCGCAAUCUCUACUAGGAGAAAUCAACACUUGUCCAGAAAUCCGCAGGAGCAACACAAAACUUAUUUUUGUUGCUCAUAGCAUGGGUGGCUUGGUUAUAAAGAAGACAUAUUUACUGGCUAUAGAAGAUCCUACGAUGCAUGAUCUUGUUCAGCGAGUUGACACCAUGUACUUUUUGGCCACUCCACACCGAGGAUCGAAUCUUGCCACGACACUCAACAAUAUUCUGCGCGUAUCGUUUGGAACCAAGCAAUUUACGACCGAUUUGGAGGUGAAUAGUAAGAUGAUAGGCACUAUCAACCAAAGCUUCCGUCACUACUCUGAAAACCUGCAUAUAUGGUCUUUCUAUGAGAAUCAGGAAACGAGUUUCGUAAAUGCAAGAAUUGUCGAGAAGGAAUCUGCGACGCUGGAAUGGCCAAAGGAAAGAAUUGCUUACAUUAAUGCUGAUCAUCGAGGAAUAUGCAAGUUUGAUUUGCCUUCAGACCCCAAUUUUAAGACUCUUAAAAACGCGCUUAGUUCGACUGUCGAUCACGCCACAGCGGAGACUUUGAGGAUCCAGUGCGAGACUACAUCAGCCGAGCGACAUUGUCUUCAUGGCCUAUUAGGCAUCCACGGUGUUCAAGAGGAUGAUCGAAUAGUAGCCCGCGACGCAAAAGUUGAAGGAUCGUGCAAUUGGCUGAUCACCACUCCAAACUUCACGAGCUGGCAAGAUCCUACUUCUGACUCGCCUUCAGUCUUUUGGCUGAGUGGGAAUCCCGCAUCGGGAAAGUCCGUUCUCGCUGGCCAUGUUAUUGACCAUCUGGAUCAAAGUAAUCUUGCAUGUAGUUACUUUUUUUUCAAGGAUGGGGUAGCUGCUGAUUCAUCGAUUGGCUAUUGUUUGCGUACUCUCGCGUAUCAGAUGGCCUUACAUAGUCCUGAAAUUCGCAAGUUUCUCUUAGACAUGGAAUCAAAUGGCAUUAUGAACAACAACAACGACGAGGUUGUGAUUUGGAACAAACUAUUUGUUAAUGGGAUUCUUCAAAUUGCGAUGAAGGUGCACCAUUAUUGGGUUAUCGAUGCGCUCGAUGAGUGUACUCGUUCCCAAGCUCUUCUUCCUAUGUUAAUCAAGCUCAUCAAUUCUCCCAGAUCUCGGGUUCGGAUCUUCAUUACAAGCCGUCACAGCCAGAUUCUAGAUAAGGGAUUUCUCGGCUUCGGUAAAAGUCUAAUCAGCCAAGAAAUAUUUGCAUCAGAUACGAUGGGAGAUAUCAAACUAUUCUUGGAAGCUCACAUGGAUAGCCUUCCUUUGGACACGCUUUCAAAACAGGAGGAGUUGACCGAGCGGAUAUUAGCCAUGUCUUCCGGGUCUUUUCUUUGGGUGCGACUUGUCAUGCAAGAACUCUCUGAAAUCUACACCGAAGAAGAUAUUGAGAGUGUUCUUUCAGAUAUACCAGCGGAUAUGAAUCAAUUCUAUACAAAAAUUCUGGAAAAUUUGUCAAAAGAUCGGAGAGGGGCCAAAUUGGCCAAGAUUAUCUUCAUGUGGAUUGUUUGCUCCUGUCGGCCAUUGACUGUUACCGAAAUGCAAUGUGCUUUGAAGCUAGAUUCCAAAAGCACGGUCAACAAUCUACGAAGAGACAUAACCUCUAUCUGCGGACAACUUGUGUUCGUCGAUCAACAAUCACGUAUACACCUAAUCCAUCAAAGUGCCAAAGAUUUUCUCCUACAAAAAGACCUAUGUUCCGAUUUUUUUGUGGACCGAAGGGAAGGGCAUUAUCGACUUGCUUCUCUGUUCAUUGAUGUGCUAAGUAAAGGCUAUUUACGGGCCUUUCGGUUAAAACGAUUUGAAGUAUCGACAUCUUCAGCAAAUCACGAAGCCAUAUUACUUGACUACGCUUCCACUUUCUUUUCUGAGCACCUGUAUCAAGCUCCGUCUUCCCGUGCCGAGCUUUUUCAGAAGCUCCACAAAUUCCUUGACACGAACGUUUUAUGGUGGAUUGAGACCGUUGCAAGGAUAGGUAAUGUAAACUAUAUAAGCCGUGCCGCCAAAAACAUGAAAGCUUAUCUCGAUCGCCGUCAGAAGUACUUCCCUCCUAUCGGCGAGGACCUCCGCGAGGUGGAAUCUUGGAUCACAGAUCUUAUUCGCAUUAGCACCAAAUUUCGAAACAUCCUUCUAGCAUCGCCUUCAUCAAUCCAUGGCCAAAUUCCAUCGAUGUGCCCUUCGCAAUCAAUCAUCGCUACAAAACACAAGCAGUUGAAGCAUGGCUUGAAUAUCAUAGGGUUAUCAAGAGGUACAUGGGAUGACUGCUUGACUCAAAUUGAUUACAAGGGACAGGGCCUACAAGCUAUCACCCUCACACAUGGAGAAUAUAUGUUUGCUGUUGGGCUAUCGGGCGGUCGAAUAAUAGUGUACGACACUGCAACAAGUCAAGUUAGAUUUACCUUUGAUCACGGGGAGAAAGUGAAAUUCCUCACUUUUGGGACUAAAGAUCAAUUGCUUGCUUCUGCAGGAAUACGCUCAAUACGAAUUUGGGAUCUCGAAACAGGUGGGGUGAGGUGUUCAUUCCAGCUCGGUUGUCGAGCAAUGGCCCUUAUGUUUACCCCUGAAAACUAUGGAUUGAUAGUGGCAACAUCUGAGAAUUUCAUUUGUUGGUUUGAUGUAUUGAAAGAGAAAGAGAAAGACCGCAUAUUCUGGCAUGAAAUUCAUCAUAAGGGGCGGGGGACAAUCUACCAGCCACCAGCCGAGGUUCUCAUUGCACCAGGUUUAGAGAUGAUAGCAAUCAGCUCCAGAGCAAGUCCUAUACUUCUUUUUGAUUUGUACAACGAAGUUUUGUGUGGUGAGCUUGUCCGAGAUCGAGGGCUUAUGGAAAGUAUAGGUGGUACUUAUUAUCAUGCAUCAGCCAUGGCUUUCAAUCCGAAUCCCGAUAUCAACUUACUAGUCGUCUCUUAUGGAGAUGGAGAGCUUGUUAUCUUUGACCCAAUAACAACUGAGCUCAAGCAUCGUAUACCAGAAGUCAAUGCGCAGACGUUGGCCUGCUCACCUGAUGGAAGAACAUUGGCAACAGGUAGUUCUUUCGGUACGAUUCAGCUCUAUGAAUUUGACGGCACGGAAGAUGCAAAUCUAUCUCUGAUAUACCGAAUCAAUGCAAACGAUGAAGGAAUCCGAUCACUAGUUUUCAGUGGUGACGGUUUACGUUUCAUUGACAUUCGUGGUUCCCAUUGCAGAGUAUGGGAGCCCGCUGCACUUGUGAGGAAGUCAUUGGGUGACGGUAACAACAGCGAUAUAAGUGCGCCAGCGAAAGCGAUAGUUCAGACUGUGGGAAUGAUCGAAGGAAGUUUGAAGCCUGAUAUAACAGCAAUUGCAAUAGAUUUGAGAGGAGAAAGGGUGUUCUGUGGUAGACAGGAUGGCUCUGUUGCUGUCUACAAUACGCACGAUGGCCUCGAGAGCACAUGUCUCUACCAACAUGCUACGAAUAUUUCAAUUAACAAAAUUGUGUGGGGAGAUAAUACUCGCAUGCUAGCCACAGCGGACGAGUCUGGUCGUAUGCUUAUACAAAGACUAGUGAAUUCUAGCGAUAUGUGGUCACUGUCUGAAACAAUUUUCGACUACCGCUUCCCUGAUGCUAUCACAGGGCUAUUGUUCAAUCCUGAGAACAAUAUUCUUCUCGUUACCACUGCCAGCUUCAGAUACAUUUGGACAAGUGAAAGUGGAGAUAUUCAACAUCGUGUGCCCACUGGCCACAACCUCGAGAAUUACAAGAUAAAUACUCACGCCCAAAUACCAGAUGCAUUCAUUGCGUUUUAUCCCAAUUGUGCCCGAAUAUUCGAAUGGGGAAGUUUGAAAGAAAUUUCAAGCCCUGGUGGCAUCAAUCUUGACGUCCCUGAUUUGACGUCAUCCCCAGUGAUAGUAACCGAGUCGGUUGAAAGCCAAUAUACCCUGGUUACACUAACGAAAAGUCGAUUUGAACAAACACCUUCUCAACUUCGAUGUUGGGACACGUCCACUGUUGACCGCCACUCGACUACUAUAAAAGCUUUCAACGGACUUGAGUCUCUUGGUCCAUAUAUCUACCACAUCAUUGGUUUGCGCGGCACAAAUUUGUUCUUCUUAGCAACUGAUCUUUGGGUCUGUAGUCUAAAUAUGGAGAAGUUCUGGUUGUCCCCCGAUGUGAAACGCCAUUUCUUCAUUCCGGCCGAUUGGAUUAAUCCUACAGACGAAAUGCAGUUUUACUUGUCAGCUAAGGAAGAAUUUAUCUUCGUAAAGAAAAACGAGCUAGCAAUUAUUAAACGAGGGUUAGAUUCACCACAGAUGAUAAGACCACUUCAAUUUCUACCUGAGAAGAAACUAUUUGGAGCCUGCUAUACUGGAGAUUAG